GGUUUUACAUGGUAUAAAAAAACGGGAAAUGUAACGGAAAAAUUGUAUGUAGUCAAGCCAGACGUACGUGUUGUCCCGAACUGGAGAUGAUUGCAAGCUCAGACCAAAUUGGAGAUUGGCCUUAUGCAAGACCAAAUAUGGAAAUUUCCGAAUAAACGGAAAUUUCUUCAAUCUGGGAUCACGUGGUAUAUAUGUCCUCGACAAAUACCCUGUCGGACAACAGGAGUAUAUUAUGGAGAAGGCAGGGGGGCCUCAAAUUGUUAUUGAUGGGACUCGGUCUUACACAUUCCAUACAGUAGGAGAAGUUCCGAAUUGGAUGAAAAUGACAGCAGAAGGACUUGAAGUGGGUGACAAAGUCCGAAUAGGUAUGUGUGUACCUAAAGGAGCAACUUGGGCAUUAAGAUCCAUGUACCCUCUGAAAUUAAAAACAGUGGCCGAUUUCAUAAAAGUAGAUUCACUCGCUCAACUUGACAAAGACGAACCUGGCAAGAACGGAAAGAAGUAUUACUUCGACAAUGCCACAAGCAUGGUUUACUACAAAUUCUAUGGGGCUACAAACCGAUCAGAAAAUGAUAACCAGGUAUGUGGUGGUGGUAAAUGUCCGAUGAUAGAGCUCACCUUGGCUGGUAAUCUUUCUGCAAACAAUGGCGAUUGUAGGUCUACCCUUUACAGCGCAGAGCAGAUGGCCCUGGUCCCGCCUGAGUUACCAGUAUCGACUGAAACGUUUAUGGCAAAUGCUGGACCAGAACCUCCUGCGGAUUUCGGUCACGGAUCUUCACGACCUUUUACUAGUCGAUCACCAGUAAAUGGUAGAAACGGCCAAUGGUCAGAGUGGUCAUCUUGUUCGGUAACUUGCGGAAAUGGAUAUCAGUAUAAAAGACGUGAAUGCAACAACCCGAUGCCGCAACAUGGUGGAGGCCCUUGCGGCACACCCCAUUAUAAAGAGCGCAACUGUAAAUUAGAUGCAUGCACAUGAGAAGGUAGAAAACAUGGAUACAUGAGACCCAAGAUUUUAUGAAGUAUUAAGUAAAAUAUAGCCACUGUAAUAAACUUAUAGCAUAUCA